UGAGCAAAAUAGCACGUAAACAUAGUUGACGUGUAAACCAACGUCAAAAUGCAUAGAUAAAUAAAAUAAUUAGAAAGUUCAGGAUGGGAAAGAAGAGUAGAGAAAAUAAAGCUACAGUGGCAGAGUCUCUCAUCCAGUUCCAAAUCGAUGUUAAAAGUAAAGAGAUUGAAGAAUUUAAGAAAGAAAUAAGUGAACUGGAAGCCAAGAAUCAUCAGCUGGUUGAAUUGCGAGAGCAGCUGCUAGGGGAGCAACAGGAAAACCUUAGUGUCCUGCACAGUCAAGCGAAGGAGCAGGAGAAGAAGCUUGAGGAAAAAGAAGUGACCUAUAAAGGAGAAGUAAAACAGGCUGUUCAGCACAAUCUGGAGCUCACACACGUCCAGGAGGAAGAGCUGGCAGAGUUGCAGAGGCAUCUGGAAAGUAUACAGGCCCAGGUUGUGGAGCUGAAAGGGCAGGGGCAAGCUUGGCACCUGAAUAAGAAUGUGGGAAGUGUUCCGUAUCAAGAGCAGAUCCAAAAACUCCAGUCAGAACUCGACUCCAUGCACAAGCACUUUCAAAUAAUGUCAGAAAAUGUUGAAAACUCUCUUCAAGCAACCAUUUGUAAUAUUGAAAAGCAAAUCUUACAGCUGAUUGAAGAAGAGAAGCAGGCUGCACAAGAGAGGUCAAUAAAAAAGCUGGACAAACCCAAGCUUCUGGAGCUGAAAAAGAAUGAAUGGCUUAAACAAAAGCUUGCUAUCUAUCAUGAGGAAGUCUCAGUACUGGAUGCAGCUGUAAAAAACUUGGAGGAGGAGAACUUGGAUCACAUGAAGCAACUGCUUGAGCAUCGCUUCAAUGAUCUACAAAUUUCUAGCAACUUGGUCCUGACACAGGCUGAAGAGUUGGAGCAGAAACUCAGCAUUUUUGGAAAAGGAGCGGAAAUUGGGAGCAAACAGCACCAGCAGUCUGGGGAGUUGGAGGAAGAUGAAACGAAUCACAGCUGCAAGUCUUCCUCCUCUACUCGCCAUCGUAGUGCACUGCUGUAUGGCUGCCAGAGUGACUUAAGGGAACCACUGCACCUGGGCCCUUUGGAACAGAAUCUGCUGAGUGUGGUUGGCCAAGCCAUGCCCCUUCAUCCGUUGCCAUCUGACCCUGAGGAUUCGGACACGUUAACACACCAAGCCCGCUUCCAGACACAAGAUGGCACUCUCACAACAAAUAUCCUUCGCAAAAAGUUCCAGUAAACAAACAAAAGACUGAAACCCCUUUUAUUUCCGAAGUUAAAAUGGUUUUACUUUAAGGAAUAAAAUAAUAAUAAUUAAAAAACCUGGAGACGUAAACAAAUCAAAA